AUGUCUAGUAUAAAACAAUCACGACCAAGAUCAUUAUCCAAUGUACUAAUGAUGUUUAAUAAACAGUAUAAAAAAUUAAUGAUUUCACUUGUGGGAUUCAUUACUUUAACAUUUGUGAUUCAUAUUUUCAAUUCUUCUUCACCUACCAAAUCACCCGAUUUAUCAUUAUUUCAAGCUCAACAAUUACAAACUCCUGGAUUUCUUCCUACUAAUAAAAAAGCCGUACAAAUCAUUAGUGAUUUCACAGUAUUAAAAUGUAAUAUUUAUAGUAAAUGUAACGUCCCUAAAGGUUACAUUCAAUUAUUCCCAAGUUUAAAUUAUUAUCAUAAUUCGAAAAUUAAAACAGAUUAUUAUUUAAUUAUUAAAUUACUGUCAAUUGAUCAAACAACAAAAAUAAUUACUGAUGUUACUACCACUAACAAAAAUGAUAAUGAUAAUAGCGAUUCAUCAUCAUCAUCAUCAUAUGAAGAAAUUAUUAUUGAACCAGGGAAAUUAAGUUUAUAUAAAAAGACCCAAAUGGUUAAUGUUGAUCAACCAAUUGAUGAUAAAUUACCUAUACUACGAUCAAUAGAUGUAUUAUUUGGUAAUAAUGAUUUAAUUGAUUCUCGACCUCAUCAUAAAUCAUUACAUUUAUCUAAUAGUGAAUCAAUGCAUACAAUCUUAUCAUUAAAUAUGAUGACAUUAACUGAUCAAAAUGAUUUACAAGAAAUUCAUCAACAAACUAUUAAUUUAAGAAAUUCUCAAUUGAUUGAAACUAUGAAUAAUAAAUAUAAAAUUAUGCAAUUAUCUGAUUUACAUUUUGGUCAAGAUUUAGGUCGUUGUGAUGAUUCUAAUACUUCUAGUGGUGGUGGUGGUGACGGAGACAGAGACGGUGACGGUGAUGAGCAUGUUGAUGAGUUUAAAUGUUCAUCAGAUUUGAAAACUUUGAAAUUUAUUGAAAAAUCGAUUCAAGAAGAAAAUCCCGAUUUGAUUGUUAUUACGGGAGAUUUAAUUGAUAUUCAUCGAUCAAUUGAUUAUAAAUCAAUUUUAUUAAAAUCUUUACAACCUAUUUUGGCUCAUAAAAUAAAAUUUAUUUAUACAUUUGGUGAUGAAAUUAAAGAUCAAUUGACAAAAAUUUCUAUUAUACAAUUUUUAUCAACUUUACCAAAUUGUUUAAAUACUGUACCUCAAGAAGUUAUUGAAGAUAAUAAUAAUAAUAAUAAUAAUAAUAACAAAAUGCAUGGAAUCACAAAUUAUAAUUUUCAAAUCAAACAAAAAAGUAGUACCCCUUCUUCAAGUUCAUCAAUUUCUGUGACGGUCUUAGAUUCAGAAGAUCAUUUAAUUGAUGAUUCACAAAUGACUUAUUUAUAUCGAAUUAAUAAUGAAUUAUUAAAUGAUUAUAAAUUAUUAUUUUUCCAUUAUCCAUUACCUCAAUUUCGUCCAAAAGGGAAAUUUAAAAUUGUUGGAUCAUAUAAUGAAAAACAUGAAUUAGAUCGUAAAACAAAAUUAAAAUUUCAUGAUGAUAUAAUAAGUUGUGGUUAUAAUGUCAUAUCUGUUGGUCAUGAACAUGAAAAUGAUGCUUGUUUAUUAUCAUCGUCAUCGUCAUCGUCCAACUCCGAUAAAUCAAUUUGGUUAUGUUAUAAUAGUAUCACGGGUGAUUCAGGUAUAACUAAAUUAGAUAAACAAUACGUUAGAAAAUUACGAUUAUUUGAAAUUGAUUUUGAAAAAAAUCGAAUUUUAAGUUGGAAACGUAAAGAAAUUGAUAAUCAACCAUUUGAUUAUCAACUGAUAUAUGAAAAACCUCAAAAAAAGGAAAAAGAAAAGUAA